GAGAUGGCAGGAGGUGUGCGGAAAAAGUCUCCCGGCUCCCCGUCCCCUCUGUGGGGGAAACUUCACACGCUCUGGCAGGACAAACAUUUGGUCCUGUUCAAGACGGAAUACACGUUACUGGUCGUUUCGGUUUUGUGGUUCCUCGAGGUCGGGAUCAAUGUGUGGGUCAUACAGAAAGUAGCGUACACUGAGAUCGACUGGAAAGCCUACAUGGAUGAAGUGGAGGGAGUCAUCAAUGGCACCUACGACUACACCCAGCUUAAAGGAGACACGGGUCCUUUGGUGUACCCCGCUGGAUUUGUCUACAUCUUCACAGCUCUCUACUACAUCACCAGCCGAGGGGUUAACAUCCGCCUCGGCCAGUACAUUUUCGCUGUUUUCUAUCUCGUUACACUGCUGCUCGUCUUCAGGAUAUACUACCGCACUAAGAAGGUUCCUCCGUAUGUGUUCUUCUUUGUGUGUUGUGCCUCCUAUCGGAUCCACUCCAUCUUUGUGCUGCGUCUCUUUAAUGAUCCAGUGGCGAUGAUGCUACUGUUUGGAGCUGUAAAUCUCUUCAUGGAUGGAUACUGGACCAUGGGCUGCGGCCUUUACAGUUUAGCAGUAUCUGUGAAAAUGAACGUGCUUCUUUUUGCCCCUGGAUUACUUUUCCUCCUCCUGUCUGAGUUUGGUCUAAUCAGGACAAUCCCAAAGCUUUCACUGUGUGCAGCCAUACAGCUUUUGCUCGGCCUCCCUUUCCUCUUAGAGAAUCCCACUGGUUAUGUGAGCCGGGCCUUUGAUCUUGGCCGCCAGUUUAUGUUCAAGUGGACAGUCAACUGGCGCUUCCUGCCAGAGUGGCUCUUCCUGAAUCGUUACUUCCAUUUACUCUUGCUGGCUGCUCACCUGCUCACCCUGCUGCUCUUCGCUCUCCGCCGUUGGAAGAGACCAGGAGAAAGCAUCUUUGAACUCCUCAAAGAGCCCAGCAAGAGAAACACACCUGCUCAGAAAAGCACUGUGGAUCAGAUAGUGUUGGUUCUUUUCACCUCUAACUUCAUUGGCAUGUGCUUCAGCCGUUCGUUGCACUACCAGUUCUACGUCUGGUACUUCCACACGCUGCCUUACCUGCUCUGGAGUGGAGGAGUCAAGAAGCUGGCCCACCUGCUCAGGGUCCUGAUCCUGGGUCUGAUUGAGCUUUCAUGGAACACCUAUCCGUCUACUAACAGCAGCUCAGCUGCCCUCCAUAUCUGUCACUUCAUCAUCCUCCUUUGUCUUUGGCUGGCUCCACCGCUGCCGUCAGCCCCGACAGAAUCACAAGAACAGACACCUGACAAGGACAAACGCCACUGAGCCACAGCACGAUCGGACCUGAAGUUGCGUUCGGUCCACUCAGCUGCUGAUCAGCCUCCAUCAUCCUUCCUCUCUUUGGGCCUCACAACACCAGUCCAGAGGGAGGUCACUGCAGUAGACUGUUUAAGUGAAUAUAAGGAGCCAUUCGAUGCUUCUCAUCUCCGCUCACCAAUUAAAAUGAAGGAAGCUAACGGGCGCGUGCAGACAAAUGCCUGCAUGAUGAAGUGGUGUGUAGCUGUCAUAUCCGGUUGAAGAGAUGAGAAGAGGAAAAUAUGGAUUCUCAGGUUUCAUUUUCAGAUAUAUAAAAGGAAGAGUGGAGCGCUAUGAGAGAGUUGUGAAUGCUGCGCUGCGUGGAAAGAAUUUGUUACAUGAGCUGUUUUCUACUUCUAAUGUUAAAACUGCUCUCGUUCCAUAAUUCCUCUGGCCUAAUCAUUUUGUUCAUAUUCUGAUAUUGUUAAAAAACUGUCAUUUCCUGGUGCUCAACUGAUCUUAUACAUUGAAAUAAGAAAGCGUUACACUGAAGAAUGUGAAUAAUAUCCCAAAGAACCAGAACCAGAAGCUUUAAAUUCAUUGAAUAUAAUAAGCGUUUCCUCUGCUACAUUUAACAGAAUUCUCCAGUGCAAGGCCUUUUAUCUUUUUUUGGUAGUUUUCCAGUAUUUUCCCACAAAUGUGUAAAAGUAAGCUGCAGACAAUCGUGGUUCCAUAUCUGUCUGAUUUGGUUUGUAAUUAAGUUAACCUCUGGUUUGAGUGGUUACACUUGUUGGCACAGAAGUAGAUUUAAUGUGAAAAACAUGUAGUAGACUGAAACAGCAAGUGCUUUAUGUAAUAUAUAGAUGCCACUUAACCUUUAUGUGGUGUUUUUUUUAUUGUUACACAUAAGAACAAAUGGUUAAAUUGC